CGAUGGAUAUUCUUAUCCUAUUUUUUUUAGUUUUUAUUGGAACUUCAGAGACACAGGUUGAUGUUUCCAAUGCUGUUCCUGGCACUAGGUACGAUGUGACAAUCUCUUCAAUUUCUGCUACAACAUACAGCUCACCUGUUAGUAGAACAGUGACAACGAAUGUAACAAAACCAGGGCCUCCAGUCUUCCUAGCAGGAGAAAGAGUUGGUUCUGCUGGGAUUCUCCUGUCUUGGAAUACACCCCCUAAUCCAAAUGGAAGGAUUAUCUCUUAUGUUGUGAAGUAUAAGGAAGUUUGUCCAUGGAUGCAAGCAGCAUAUACACAAGUUAGAGCAAAGCCAGACAGCCUGGAAGUUCUUCUUACUAAUCUUAAUCCUGGAACAACAUAUGAAAUCAAGGUGGCUGCUGAAAACAGUGCUGGCAUUGGAGUGUUUAGUGACCCAUUUCUCUUCCAAACGGCAGAAAGUGCUCCAGGAAAAGUGGUUAAUCUAACGGUUGAGGCCUUUAACUAUUCAGCAGUAAACCUGAUUUGGUACUUACCUCGUCAACCAAAUGGCAAAAUUACCAGUUUCAAGAUUAGUGUCAAGCAUGCCAGAAGUGGGAUAGUGGUGAAAGAUGUCUCAAUCAGAGUAGAGGACAUUUUGACUGGGAAAUUGCCAGAAUGCAACGAGAAUAAUGAAUCUUUUUUAUGGAGUACAACCAGCCCUUCUCCAACCCUUAGUAGAGGUACGCCUCCAACGCGUACCACAUAUUCAUCGAACACAUGGGCACGGAGUAAGAUAAGCUCCGUGUGGAAAGAACCUAUCAGUUUCGUAGUGACACAUUUGAGACCUUAUACGACAUAUCUUUUUGAAGUUUCUGCUGUUACAACGGAAGCAGGUUAUAUUGAUAGUACAAUUGUCAGAACACCAGAAUCAGUACCUGAAGGACCACCACAAAACUGUGUAACAGGCAACAUUACAGGAAAAUCCUUUUCAAUUUCAUGUGAUCCACCAAUGACAGUAACCGGGAAAUUUAGUUAUAGAGUUGAAUUAUAUGGGCCAUCAGGUCGGAUUUUGGAUAACAGCACAAAAGACCUUAAGUUUUCAUUCACUAACCUAACACCAUUUACAAUGUAUGAUGUAUAUGUUGCUGCAGAAACCAGUGCAGGGAUUGGACCCAAAUCAAAUAUUUCAGUAUUCACUCCCCCAGAAGUUCCAGGUGCAGUACUUGAUUUACAGCUUGCAGAAGUAGAAGCCACACAAAUAAGAAUUACUUGGAAGAAACCACGACAACCAAAUGGAAUCAUUAACCAAUACCGAGUGAAAGUGCUAGUUUCAGAGACCGGAGUGAUUUUGGAAAACACUUUGCUCACGGGAAAAGAUGAGUAUAUAAACAACCCGCUCACUCCAGAAACUGUGAACGUAGUAGAGUCAAUGGCAGAAUUAUUUGAGGGUUCAGCAGAGAUAUCUUCUGACCUGUAUGCGAUUGCUUCAGUUAUGUAUAACAGUCAUCCACAUAAUAACUUUCCUGUGAGGAAUAGAGCUGAAGACCAGCAUUUAACAGUUGGAACUACAUGGAAUCAGUAUAUCACUGACAUUGCUGCCGAACAGCUGUCUUACGUUAUCAGGAGACUCGUACCUUUCACUGAGCACAUGAUUAGUGUAUCUGCUUUCACCAUCAUGGGAGAAGGACCACCAACGGUUCUCCAUGUUAGGACACUUGAACAAGUGCCAAGCUCCAUUCAGAUUAUAAACUAUAAAAAUAUUAGUUCCUCAUCUAUUUUGUUAUAUUGGGAUCCUCCAGAAUUUCCCAAUGGAAAAAUAACUCAUUAUACAAUUUAUGCAAUGGAACUGGAUACAAACACAGCAUUCCAGAUGACUACUCUAAAUAACAGCUUUCUCAUAACAGGGUUAAAGAAAUACACCAAAUAUAAGAUGAGGGUGGCUGCCUCAACUCAUGUUGGAGAAAGUUCUUUGUCUGAAGAAAAUGACAUCUUUGUGAGAACUCUGGAAGAUGAACCAGAAUCAUCACCUCAAGAUGUGGAAGUUACUGAUGUUACUGCACAUGAAAUAAGUCUGAAGUGGUUACCACCUGAGAAACCCAAUGGGAUUAUUGUUGCUUAUGAAGUUCUCUAUAAAAAUAUGGAUUCCUUAUUUAUGAAGAACACCUCAACAACACACAUAAUUUUAAGGGACUUAAAACCUUAUUCCCUCUAUAACAUUUCUGUGAGGUCAUACACCAGAUUGGGUCAUGGCAAUCAGUUAUCUUCCUUACUCUCUGUGAGGACUUCUGAGACUGUACCUGAUAGUGCACCAGAAAAUAUUGCUUACAAAAAUAUUUCCUCUGGAGAGAUUGAAAUAUCAUUCCAUCCCCCACGUAAUCCUAAUGGAAUCAUACAAAAAUAUACAAUUUAUCUCAGGAGAAGUAAUGGAAAUGAGGAAAGAACUAUAGAUACAACCUCUUUGAUCCAGAACAUUAAAGGACUGAAGAAAUAUACCCAAUAUAUAAUUGAAGUGUCUGCUAGUACACUCAAAGGUGAAGGAGUUCGGAGUGCGCCAAUUAGUGUACUGACAGAAGAAGAUGCUCCUGAUUCUCCCCCCCAUGACUUCUCUGUGAAACAGUUGUCUGGUGUCAGGGUGAAGUUGUCAUGGAAACCACCCUUGGAGCCAAAUGGAAUUAUCCUCUAUUACACAGUUUAUGUCUGGGAUAGGUCAUCAUUAAGAACUAUUAAUGUAACUGAAAUAUCAUUAGAGUUUUCAGAUUUGGACUAUAAUGUUGAAUAUAACGCAUAUGUAACAGCUAGCACCAGAUUUGGUGAUGGAAAAAAAAGAAGCAAUAUUAUUAACUUUCGAACACCUGAGGGAGCACCGAGUGAUCCCCCAAAAGAUGUUCAUUAUGCAAAUAUCAGUUCUUCAUCAAUAAUUCUCUUUUGGAAGCCACCUUCAAAACCUAAUGGGGUUAUACAAUAUUAUUCUGUUUAUUACAGAAAUACUUCAGGUACUUUUGUGCAGAAUUUUACACUCCAUGAAGUCACCAAUGACUUUGACAAUAUGACCGUAUCUGCAAUAAUAGAUAAACUGGCAAUAUUCAGCUACUAUACAUUUUGGGUAACAGCAAGUACUUCAGUUGGAAAUGGGAAUAAAAGCAGUGACAUAGUUCAAGUAUACACAGAUCAAGACAUACCUGAAGGGCCUGUUGGAAACCUGACUUAUGAGUCCAUUUCGUCAACUGCAAUAAAUGUAAGCUGGGGCCCACCACCUCAACCCAACGGUCUAGUCUUCUACUAUGUCUCUCUGAGCUUACAGCAGACUCCUCGCCACGUAAGACCACCUCUAGUUACAUAUGAGACAAGCAUGUAUUUUGAUAAUCUGGAAAAAUACACUGAUUAUAUAUUAAAAAUCACUCCAUCAACCGAAAAGGGAUUUUCUGAUACCUAUACUGCCCAGCUACACAUCAAAACUGAAGAAGAUGUCCCAGAAACUUCACCAAUAAUCAACACUUUUAAAAACCUUUCCUCUACCUCAGUUCUCUUAUCAUGGGAUCCCCCAGUAAAACCAAAUGGUGCCAUAAUAAGUUAUGAUUUAACUUUACAAGGACCAAAUGAAAGCUAUUCUUUCAUUACUUCUGAUAACUAUAUAAUAUUGGAAGAGCUCUCACCAUUUACACUAUAUAGUAUUUUUGCUGCUGCAAGAACUGUAAAGGGACUCGGUCCUUCCAGUGUUCUUUUCUUUUACACAGACGAGUCAGUGCCUUUAGCACCUCCUCAAAAUUUGACUUUAAUCAACUACACUUCAGAUUCUGUGUGGCUGCAAUGGAGCCCGAGUCCUGUGCCAGGCGGUAUUGUUAAAGUAUAUAGUUUUAAAAUUCAUGAACAUGAAACUGAUACUAUAUUUUAUAAGAAUAUUUCAGGUUUUCAAACUGAAGCCAAGCUUGUUGGACUGGAGCCAGUCAGCACCUACUCUAUCAGCAUCUCUGCCUUCACCAAAGUGGGAAAUGGCAAUCAAUUUAGUAAUGUACUAAAAUUCACAACCCAAGAAUCAGUUCCAGAUGUUGUACAGAACAUACGGUGUGAGGCAACUAGCUGGCAGUCCGCUUUAGUGAGGUGGGACCCACCCCAAAAGGCAAAUGGAGUGAUUACACAUUAUAUGAUAACAGUUGAGAGGAAUUCUACAAAAGUCUUACCCCAAGAUCACAUGUAUAUGUUCAUGAAACUUCUUGCCAAUACCUCAUAUGUCUUUAAAAUAAGAGCUUCAACCUCAGCGGGUGAAGGCGAUGAAAGUACUUGCAAUAUCAGCACGCUACCUGAAACAGUUCCCAGUGUUCCCACAAAUAUUGCUUUUUCUGAUGUUCAGUCAACUAGUGCAACAUUGACAUGGAUGAGACCUGACACUAUCUUCGGUUACUUCCAAAAUUACAAGAUUACCACUCAACUUCGGGCUCAAAAUUGCAGAGAAUGGGAAUCUGAAGAAUGUAUCGAAUAUCAAAAAAUUCAAUACCUCUAUGAAGCUGACCUAACUGAAGAGACAGUAUAUGGCUUAAAGAAAUUUAGAUGGUACAGAUUUCAAGUGGCUGCCAGCACCAAUGCCGGCUAUGGCAAUGCUUCAAGUUGGAUAUCUGCACAAACCCUGCCUGGCCCUCCAGAGGGUCCUCCUGAAAAUGUGUAUGUAGUAGCAACAUCACCUUUUAGCAUCAACAUCAGCUGGAGUGAACCUGCUAUCAUUACUGGACCAACGUUCUAUCUGAUAGAUGUUGAAUCGGUAGAUAGUGAUGAAUUUAAUAUUUCCUUAAUCAAGUCAAAUGAAGAGAAUAAAACCAUAGAAAUUAAAGAUUUAAAAAUAUUCACAAGGUAUUCUGUGGUGAUCACUGCAUUCACUGGAAAUGUUAGUGCGGCUUAUGUAGAAGGAAAGUCAAGUGCUGAAGUGAUUGUUACUACUUUAGAAUCAGUCCCUAAGGAUCCACCUAACAACAUGACAUUUCAGAAGAUACCAGAUGAAGUGACAAAAUUUCAGUUAACAUUCCUUCCUCCUUCUCAACCCAAUGGAAAUAUCCAAGUAUAUCAAGCUUUGGUUUACCGAGAAGAUGACCCUACUGCUGUCCAGAUUCACAACCUCAGCAUUAUCCAGAAAACGGACACAUCCGUCAUCGCAAUGUUAGAAGGACUGAAAGGUGGACAUACAUACAAUAUCAGUGUUUAUGCAAUCAAUAGUGCUGGUGCAGGACCAAAGGUUCAGAUGAGAAUAACUAUGGAUAUUAAAGCUCCAGCACGACCAAAAACCAAACCAACCCCUAUUUAUGAUGCCACAGGAAAAUUGCUGGUGACUUCAACAACAAUUACCAUCAGAAUGCCAAUAUGUUACUAUAACGAUGAUCAUGGGCCCAUCAAAAAUGUACAAGUGCUUGUAGCAGAAGCUGGAGCUCAGCAUGAUGGAAAUGUAACAAAGUGGUAUGAUGCAUAUUUUAAUAAACCAAGGCCAUACUUUACAAAUGAAGGCUUUCCUAAUCCUCCGUGUACAGAAGGAAAGACAAAGUUCAGUAGCAAUGAAGAAAUCUACAUCAUAGGUGCUGAUCAUGCAUGUAUGAUUCCUGGCAAUGAAGACAAAAUUUGCAAUGGACCUCUGAAGCCAAAAAAGCAAUACUUAUUUAAAUUUAGAGCCACAAAUGUCAUGGGACAAUUUACUGACUCUGAUUACUCUGACCCUGUUAAGACUUUAGGUGAAGGACUUUCAGAAAGAACUGUGGAGAUUAUUCUUUCAGUCACUUUGUGUAUCCUUUCAAUCAUUCUUCUUGGAACAGCUAUUUUUGCAUUUGCAAGGAUUCGUCAGAAGCAGAAAGAAGGCGGCACAUACUCUCCUCGAGAUGCAGAAAUUAUUGACACUAAAUUCAAGCUGGACCAGCUAAUCACAGUGGCAGACCUGGAACUGAAGGACGAGAGAUUAACGCGAUACUCUUCAUUUUUCUUUAGACGCAAGGAGAUUUUUGUCAUCCAGUUACUUAGUUAUAGAAAAUCCAUCAAGCCGAUCAGCAAGAAAUCCUUCCUACAACAUGUUGAAGAGCUUUGCACAAACAACAACCUAAAGUUUCAAGAAGAAUUUUCGGAAUUACCAAAAUUUCUUCAGGAUCUUUCUUCAACUGAUGCCGAUCUGCCUUGGAACCGAGCAAAAAACCGCUUUCCAAACAUAAAACCAUAUAAUAAUAACAGAGUGAAGCUGAUAGCUGAUGCUAGUAUUCCAGGAUCGGAUUAUAUUAAUGCCAGCUAUGUUUCUGGUUACUUAUGUCCAAAUGAAUUUAUUGCUACUCAAGGUCCAUUACCAGGAACAGUUGGGGAUUUUUGGAGAAUGGUUUGGGAAACCAGAGCAAAAACAUUGGUAAUGCUAACACAGUGUUUUGAAAAAGGGCGGAUCAGAUGCCAUCAGUAUUGGCCAGAGGACAACAAACCAGUUACGGUGUUUGGAGAUAUAGUGAUUACAAAGCUAAUGGAGGAUGUUCAAAUAGAUUGGACCAUCAGGGAUCUGAAAAUUGAAAGGCAUGGGGAUUGCAUGACUGUCCGACAGUGUAACUUUACUGCUUGGCCUGAGCAUGGGGUUCCUGAAAACAGUACCCCACUAAUUCACUUUGUGAAGUUGGUUCGAGCAAGUCGAGCACAUGACACCACACCUAUGAUUGUUCACUGCAGUGCUGGAGUUGGAAGAACUGGAGUUUUUAUUGCUCUGGACCACUUAACACAGCAUAUAAAUGAUCAUGAUUUUGUGGAUAUAUAUGGACUAGUAGCUGAACUGAGAAGUGAAAGAAUGUGCAUGGUACAGAACCUGGCACAGUAUAUCUUCUUACACCAGUGUAUUCUGGAUCUCCUAUCAAGUAAAGGAAAUAACCAGCCCAUCUGUUUUGUUAACUAUUCAGCACUUCAGAAGAUGGACUCUUUGGAUGCAAUGGAAGGUGAUGUUGAGCUUGAAUGGGAAGAAACCACCAUGUAAAUAUUCAGACCAAAGAUUACAACCAGAAGAUAUUUUCAAAUCCCAGGGGCCAAAAUUACCCCUCAUUCUUCUGAAUUGAAAUGUGCAUACUUAAAGAAAUGUUUAUGCUUCCCUUACUGUGCCUUGCUAAAUACAUUGACAUUUUAUGAAUAGUUCUAAUAAGUAGCUGAUUCAGGAUAGUUAUUUCUUUUGUACAGAAUAAAUAUUAUUCAUUUAAAAUGUUUAAGAAAAGAUAUCCCAGAGGUUUUUGAAGUCUUUCAUAUUUUGGGAAUAAGCCAAAAAUAAAAUUAUUAUUAUAAUAGCAUUAAUGUUUCCAUGUGAAUUUUCCCUCCAUAUUGGACUUACGCUUGAACAAAAGUUGUAAAUGUUGAUUCAGUCGUGUUAUUUUGGCCUCCAGGGUGUUGACGUUUCUUGUGGAUAACUUCCAGGACUGUCAUUAUGAUCUGUACUUCCACGCAUGCCCCUGUGUUUUGAAUCCUCUGUUUUAUGAGUGCUGAGAUAUCAUCUCAUGAUCUCGAACAGCUGAACAGUAACCCCUGACACUGCAGGGAUUACUUAGCUUUUAUACAACACACAGUAGCUCUUCGGGGACACUGAGGGCUAUUUAAACUGCAUUGUGAUCUUUAGUUUGAAACAAGAAAAAUUAAACAGUGCAAUUGCUCAUAUGAAGCUGUAGAGGACUUUUCUAGCUUAUCUACAUUUGUACAUGUUCAGGCACAAGCUGCACCACUAUAUUGUAUAUUUCAAUAUACGGUUAAAUGUCUCAGAGUAUUUGUCCAUUAGCUAUUUAGUCAACCCAAUAUUAUCAAUUUUGAAGGUUUUCUUCAGCAGAAAUCUAUAAAAACAAUAAUAAAAACAUGUAAUGUGUUGCAAGCUUGUAAACUAAUGAUGUGCUCCUGUGGUGCCAAUAGAGACUUCUGAAUAGAUCACAAGAAAUGGUCUUUAUUUUAUUCCCAAGUUUGGGUUUGAUUAUUAAGGAGUAUAUUUGGUGGAACUGAAAACAAAAAAUCAACCAGGUAACAGCAAAUUAGAGAUUUUUUUAAAAAGAAAAUAUUUCAGCCUCCUUUUUGUUAGAUAGUAACAAUGUAUUAAGUUUUGAAUUAUAUGGUAUUUUGUCAUAGAUUUCAAUUGAGUCAUAAAACAAAAUAAUGUUAAUUAUUCUAUUUCUUUCAUGAUAAGAAUUAUAUCUUGUGCAUAUUUCUGCUGGAAUAUAAAUAUAGGAAAUAUGAUGGCCAAUAAAAUUGAAUUUUAAGGAAUUGAGAUAUUUUGCAGCAUGAUUUCAGAGAUCCUUAUAAAUAGAAAUUUGAUUUUCUAUCACAUUUAUGAUAUAAUUGAUAAUUAUCAUAAUGUAAUUAAAUAUAUUAUAUGUAAGUACAAUAUAAUUUAGUAUAAAUAAUUAAGAUAAAAUCAUUUCCUCUGAUACCCAUAGAUAGUAAUUUUAAAAUUGAAUUUAUUAUCCAAGAAAUUAAAUCCAUAAUCUUGCAAGAAGUCCUGCCUCCUGUUUUGUCAGGGCAAGGAAGUAUAAAUAAAUGUAGUUCAUGAUUGUUCAAACCAACAAGUUUAUUUUAUAGGAAGUUACAUAAAAUAAUAAGAUAUGGUGAGAACUCUAAAAGAUUCAGUUGGAAUUCAAAGUUCUUCAGUGUGCUUCAUGGUCAUUGAAAAUGUGUGGCAUGCCGGUACUUAUGAAUGUGGUUUUUUGUAUUUGUAGAAGACAGAUAACAGCCUGUGAAAAAUAUUGAUGUGGGUACUUUUUAAUGUAUUAAAUAAGAAAAUAAACAGUUCAAUCUGCAAGUCAGUCAAUUUUCUGUAAUAUAUGUAUAAAAGAGAUGUGUACAACAUAGAGUAUCAGGUUUGACCCAUAUGCAUAUGUGUGCAUAAAACACAUUUAAUGUAAGGCCUCCUCUAAACAGUGCUUAUCAAAAUUUAAUGUGUAUACAAAUCACCUGAAGAUUGUGUUAAAAUGCAGAUUCUGCUUUAGUAGAUCUAGGAUGGGACCUGAGAACCUUCAUUUCUAGCAAGUACUAAAGUUAUGUUGUUGCCUGAUCUUAGACCCUUGAAUAGUAACUCUCUAAAAGACAUUAGGAUCAGAAUAAUUUCAUGUCCACCUGAAAUUAUUUAAAACAUGUUUUAAAAAGACACUUGGCUUUAUUAUCAGAAAAAAAAAUUGUAACAGAGCAUCUGUUAAGUGUGAAUAGGUCGCUAACUAUAUCACAAAUCUGUAACUGAAUUGAUACAUAUUAACCAUAGCUAAAUUUUUCUCUUAAUUAUGUUGUUAAAGGGCUAGAUUAUAGCCAAGUUACAUAGGUGACUACUAAAUUCAAAUUAAAAUAAUGAGGAACAUCUGUAACAUUUUUAGAUCAGAUUUGUCAAAAUACAUUGCAGCACAUGUACAGUAAAUGAGCAACAUGUGUUUCAUCUGAACCAAAUGAAACUGGAGCCUCUCAGAAUGGUUUGCCAGAGACGCGAGCAUCUGUGGAUAUCACCUCCACGUUCAUCCUGCUUUAAAACGCAGCGUUUUCUUCUUUCGGAUGAUAGGUGAAAUGUAUAAGAAAUCUUGGGGAAAAAAAGCUAAUUAAGUAUUUCUCUUGUCAUAAAGGAGAUGGUGAUUCACUUUCCAAAUCUGGUACCAAACACUGAUUUUUAAAAUGGGAUUUAAGUUCAGCAGAAUGUUCUACAAGUCCAUGACAUUAUUGUGAUAAAUCCAUUUUCAUGGGGCACAUUUAGAAAACUCAUAAUGAAGUAUUUGAUGAAGCCUGGAAUACAAAAUGGUCUGAAAUUAUCAACCAAAUGAUAUUAAAAGCAAAAUUAUGGAAACAAUGUUUAGAAGCAUAAUCUUGACAAACCAACUUGCCUUCAUAGGAUAAGUAAUAUUCGCCGGACAUGACUUCAUAAAUGUGCAUAGCAUUUCCAUUCAGAACCGGACUCCUAUGCCCACCAACUCAUGAAGACGCACUAAGAAAUAGAUUAGAUCUCACAUAUAAAAGUAUUUCAAAAAAGUAUUUUUGAAUUCUACAAAGUUAAUAUAAUCUUUACCCAGGCUGGUCAGUGUAUAAUAUAUAUCAGUAAGAUAAUGUAUCUGAUUUUAGGAUUGUAUUGUACUUUGUGAUAUUUAGUGCUAUAUUUGUAUGUCUGUUUCACCUAUAGGGAUUGAAGAGAAAUUUAUGGAAAUUAUAUUGAAUUCUGAUAAGUAAGACCAUUGAUUUUUUUUAUGAAUGAUUAAGAGCAUUCUCAAGGAAAUGUUGGACUCAACACUGUACCCAAAUAACAUCAAAUGUGAAUUGGAAAUUAAGUCAAGAUAUUGUUCAUUUCAGGCAUUUUGACAGGAUAUUCUGAACUAGUGUCUGCAAAUAAAACUGUAACUUAAUAGAAGGUAACAAAAGGCAAUAUUUUGAUUGUAAUUCUAGAGUCAAACUUAUAUUACUUUGGUUUUCACUCAAAGUAUUAUUGGAUUGGGAAGUAA